UGAGCUCAACAGUUUCACGUGAAAACCGAAAGUCGAUAAAGCGCCAGCACGUGCAGGAGACAGGAGACCUCGGCAGCCGUCCUUCCUCGCACUUUGGAACCAUUACGCGCAGACCUCUCGCGGACGCGUGUCCGAGGAGCGCGCGAGCUUCCCACCGGGGGGGGGGCCCCAGCCGCGGGUACUUUCGGUUCUUAGGCAACGUGUUGCAGAAAGAGUUUAGGAAGGAAGAGUUCAAAACAAUUGCGACAUGCGGAUAAAUGUGCCAACGGCCCGAAGGAGAGACGACGCGUGAGCGCGCGGAGCCGGACCAUCACGCGCGAGAAAGCGUCAGCAGACACCCACCCACCUCCACCUCCACCCCCCCAGAGGGGAUGCAGACAGUCGCACAUAAACGUGUCCACGGUUCGGUCAACGGGACCACGGCGGUCCCGUGGAGGAGCAGCCGGAGGCGGCUGUCGCUGCUGCAGCAGCUGAGGGGCUGUCAGCGCGCCUGGGCCCCGGGGGGCCCCUGGGACAGAGAGCGGGCCCACGCCGCUAUCUGUGGGACACCUGCUGGGAGUUUCCUGGUUGUGUGUGACUCUGUGGCGUCUGAGCCUAACCUGCUGUGUGUGUCCGCUGGAGGCGAGAAUGGAGCCGUUGUCGAUUAUCGUAUCAAAAACACAGGCACAGACUUCCAGCUGUGUGAGUCUCGUCUGUCCUUCUCUGACUUGGCUCAGCUGGUGCUCUUCUACUCUCUGACCAGGGAUGUGUUGUCCGUCUGUCUCUCUAUUCCUCGCUGGAUCUACGGUGUAACCGAGAACACCAAAGAUCGCCUCUCCGAACUUGAACCCGAUACUUGGCUCAGCACCCCGACCGACCAGCCAGCCGAGGAAAUGACCCAGAAGGAGCCAAGCAACGUCAUGUGCUCCAUACAGCUGACUUCCACCAACGGCGCCUUGUGUAUCAUCAACCCCCUCUACCUCUACGAACACGGGGACGACUGGCUGGCGCGCCAAGCCCCGCCGCCGUCGAACCACAGGCGAGAGCGGCGCCUCAGCACCAGCAGACAGUGGGCGGGUUCGGGGCUACAGAGCAAACGGACCAUCUCGUUGGACGAGCAGCCCGCCGCUGACUGCGCGGAGAGUUCUGGCCUCACCAGAGCCAUGUCUGCCGAUUCCCCACACUGCCCACCGACCGCGUCGGCACCGCCUGCUCCGGAGGCCGUGGUUCUCAGGAGGCCCAGCAGGGAAUCGGUCUCCAGCUUGAGCUUGGAGACCUUCCCUCCGUCUUCUCCGUCGACUCCCUCCACCCCCGGGGGUUCGGGUGCAGCGGUGACGCCGUCUCUUCACAGGGUCUCCUGGAUCGAAGAGGGAGUCUGGCUGCCGCCGCCCAGGCCUUCCUCCUUGCUCCACCCGCCGUCGCUGGAGCUCGACUCGCUGUCGCUCAGCAGCAUCGAGGAAGAGCACGAGGCCCAAAAGGCGAGCCCCACCCUGCACCACCCUGGCCCGCAACGGUUGGCCAACAAGGUCAUCCACCGUCUCUCGGCGGUGGGCCAGGCGAUCGGCGGGCUGGUCAGCCAGAAGAAGAGGCUGUUUCAUCGCGUGCAGGAGCUGAGCGAGCGGAAAGGCGCAGCGUUCGCUGAGGCUGUGAAAGGAUUCGUGGAGAUGACGCUGAAGAAAGGGGCCGAUCCCGGCGGGGUCACGGGGUCGGAGUUCCUACAGGAAGUGAGGUCAUCCCUGUCGUCCCUGAAGGAGACACUGUUGGACUACCAAGAAAUCCUGGCAUUGUUGGACAGCAUCACUGACAUGAAUGACUUAGAGAUGGACUCCCUGGUGGAGCUUUCCCUCCACAAGGUGGCCCUGAAGCCCAUCUCCGAGCACCUCUACUCCUGCAUUCACAUUUCCCGAGUCAACGACCACAGCCUUGAGCGUCUCCAGAGCAACAUGCGCGUGCUGGAGAAGAACGGCGUGGAGGAGCUCGGGGGGUCGGCGGGAGUCGGAGUUCCCGACGCUGUGACCCUGGAGCGGAUCCAGCAGAGGUGGACUAGCAUGCACGAGGCCUACUCCCCAAACAAGAAAGUCCAUACCCUUCUCAAAGUCUGCAAGACCAUCUAUCACAGCAUGAGUGCUAAUGCUAGCUCAGGUAAAGUGUUCGGAGCGGAUGAUUUCCUGCCCUGCCUCACGUGGGUGCUGCUCCGCAGUGACGUGGUCACCUUACACCUGGACACAGACUACAUGAUGGAGCUGCUGGACCCCACCCAGCUGCAGGGAGAAGGUGGCUACUACCUGACGACGCUCUACGCCUCGCUCUACUACAUCAGCAGCUUCCGGCCGCGGCUGGCCGCCCGUCAGCUGAGCGUCGAGGCCCAGCAAUCUCUCAACCAAUGGCACCGCCGGCGCACGCUGCACUGCAACCAAUCGCGGCGCAGCAAGAACCGGCGGACCAUCCGCAGGCAGCCGUGCCGGGACAGGGAGGCGCAGAACCCCGAGACGGACGCCGGGAGUGAGGGGAGGGGGAGCGCGGGGGGGAGUGAAGCGUCCCAGGGGCGGACGGAAGGCAGCGUGGAGGAGACGCCGGAGGAGGAGGAGGAGGAGACGAGGAGAGGCAGAGGGGCCGAGGACGGAUCGCCGACGUCAGACUGUAACCAGCGAGACGCGGCGGGGGAUCCAACGGGGAGACGGUCACAGGCGAUGGUAGAAGGACAGCAGGGACACGGGUGACGGAGAGACAUUUAAUCGUCGUGCGAGGUCAGACUUCCUGAGGACCGCAAAGCGUGUUUUGUCCGUGUUUCUGCUGAGAUUCCUCUCGUCCAUCUUUUUGAUGAGAGGAGACGGAGAUUUUAGACUUUUACUUUUUCUUACAAGGUAUUUAAUGUAUUUUAUCUCUUCGGGAGUCUGACACACGUUCAGAUAGAGAAUUCAGCGAAGCAAAAAUCAAUGUCUUUACCCAUAACUUGUCAAGUUGACAUUUUCCCACUUUGAGGGUUCAUAAGAUCAGGAAGCAGCGACCUCGAAGAGGAAAAGAGUUAAUAUAAAAGUAUUAUAGUAAUAUAUUUAUUUGGUAACAAACCCAAAUGUCUUUUUUUUUAUUUUAAGGUGUAGCAUGAACUGAAACUAAAGUCAUUUUUGAUUUGUGGAUGUGAACCUUUAACCACUCAACCUGUGAGGAGCCAAACGACAGUAACAUAAAAAGUGAGCCUCUAAAGCUGGUGAACGUAGUUCAGCGUUUAACAGCUAAAUAAAUAUCCGGAUGACGGACAGAAAGCCCAAAUGAUGCUAAAGUGCCUUUUCCUCUGCUGCUCAUCGAGAGGUUUCUGCUCCAUGUGGACUUUGCUCGAAUGCCGUUGAACCCGAGCUCCUGCAUUUCACCUGCAGACGGUUUCUUCUGCGUCGGUCAGGAUUUGACAGAUUUGAGUUGUCUGUUGUCUCUUUGGACCACUAGAGAGCAGCAGCACACCUCCUGUGUGUGUGUGUGUGUCCUCCAUGUCGCAUUGGCAGUUGGUAGAAUAAAGACAUGGGUGGGUUUGUACCGGGGGACGUUUAAAUACGUUUAAUCUGGAUUGAUUCAUGCAGUGUCGGGAGGUCGAGACCCUUAAAAGUUCCGCCUAAUAACGCUCAUAAGGGGACAGUUAAAGCAUGAAGAAUCAAAUGUGGGGGGACGGCACUCAGAGGUUGAGCUUUAAAAGUGGGGACAGUCAAAGUCCAAGUUAGUUGAUAUUGGCCCUCAAAAAUGAUGCCGAAGUGCUUAAUUGUUGAAGUGUAAUUACUUAAAGUAAUAACAUGUACUGUAAAACAAUGGAGUGUCCCGAUUAUUGUUUUACGUGACUCUUUUUAAAUAUAUGAAAUGUUUUAUACUGUUUUAUUUCAUUUAAGGGGUUGUAUUGACAGCGUUUGCGCGGCGGGGAGAUCGACUGGAGGUUGAACGUCUUUGAACCCGUCGAAGGGGAAGUGAAAGUGGCUGACGUGGUUGGUCAAGUCUCCGGCCUCGCUGGCUCAACGAAAACUGGCACCGUCACAAGUUGAGGUCUGAGGUUCUAGUGGUGGGAGUUCAAACCCUGCAGGCGUCUAACGAAUCAAUGAUAAUAACCAAUGAAAGGAGAGACGGAGCAGUAGUAGAAAUGCAGUGACAGUUGUGUGGGAAGCCGUUAAAAAGGGACUAAAGUGUCUCUUUUUUAAAACG